GAUGGGUGUUUGGAAAGCUGGAAAACAGGAUUUGCUGGGUGAGCUGCCUGGAGACGACAUGAGGAAGGCUUUUGGAGGUUUCCCUUAGGUGAUUUUCAUCAGUGGAAACUUUGCAUUACACAGAACUCCAUACUGGGGUCUGACAUCUGAAAACAUCUUCCGAAGAAGGCUUUGGACUUCACCUUAAGAAAGACAGAUUUCUGCUUUACACACCACGUCAUUUUCCUUCCCGUGAGAAUAACAUGAACCAGAAGGUGUUAGUUUUCCUUCUUCCAAAUUUUUUAUUUGGAAUAUUUCUUUUUGGGUUUUUCUGUAGGAGACAAAAAAAUCUAACAGAUGCAUUUUCCAAUCCUACUGAAAAUUGGCUGGCAAUUCAAAACGGUCGGAAAAACACACUGGCUUCUGUCUGCCUGAAGAAUAACCUCAAUAAACCAAGAAGCAAAUUGGAUUCUCAUGUUGCAAACCAGCUCUUUGUGGAGCACAAACAUAAAUUUAUCUACUGUGAGGUGCCUAAGGUAGGCUGCUCCAACUGGAAGAGAAUUAUUUUUCUUCUUCAAUCAGACUUGAAUGCAGAAGCUUCUGAAAUUGAGCAUGACAACAUCCACCAUACCUCAGUAAUUAAAAGGCUGGUGUCUCACCCUCCUGCCUUACAAAAGGAAUUUCUAAGCAAUUACACCAAAGUGAUGUUCACCAGACAUCCCUUGGAACGGCUGGUUUCAGCUUACAGAGACAAACUCCUGCACUCUGAACCAUUCUACAGUACCACUAUUGCUAAUGAGAUUAGGGCAAUGUUCAGGAAAAAUAAAAAUUCUCCUGAAAAAGUGAGUUUCCAGGAAUUUGUCAACUUCAUUAUAGCAAAACCACCACAUACUCUUGACAUUCACUGGAAACCAAUGUUUCUGCUCUGUGAUCCUUGCAACAUUCACUAUGAUAUUGUGGGUAAGUAUGAAACUCUUGGCUUGGACUCUGAGCAUGUUCUGAAGGUCAUUGGUGCACCAGAGAGCCUGCAAUACCCCAGCUUGAAGAGAUACAGCUCAGAGAAACGAACUGAUGGUGAUAUCACCUUAGAGUACCUCAGACAACUGACCUCAGAACAAAUUGAGAAGAUAAAAAAAUUGUAUGAAAUGGAUUUUUUUUUGUUCAACUAUACUAUGAAAUAUGAGGAUUAUUUUUCCCUGAAUGACUAAUGGAGGUUAAACAAAGAGCAGUUUCCUUUGUACAAAAUGGGCAGAACUUGUCCUCACCAGUGCUUUAUUGGUGGGUUGGUGACUGCUGCUGAUGUUAUCGUGGAGUGUGUAGAUAUGGUUUAUCAUUCUAAGGACUCUUAUAUAAAAUCCCUGCCAUGAUCUCUUGUUCCAUGUAGACCUUUACCUAUUAAAAUCAUUGUCUUCCUA